GGCGAAUCUGAGAGACGGGAGAAAUUGUGUAGUUGUAGUUCGGUAGUUCCCAUUACGAUUCCUCUGCUCUCCUCGGAGGAUGAUUCCUACUCGUUUCCCUCUCUCUCUCUCUCUCUCUCUCACUCUUCAUUUUUCUCCUUCGAUUCUCUGCCUUUGCAAUCGCAUCUUCUUCCACCCACAUUUUGCAGGAUGUUCUGAGGGCCGUGUCGGCGAAACACAAGUGGGAUUUGAACGACACGCGAGUAACCAAGUUGGAUGUCGGAAAGGUGAGGUUCGGCACCUCCCAGAGCUACGAGUUCCGAAUCGGGGUGGGCACUGAUAACUUCACCCUCAAGUUCGCCGACCAAGUUGCGUCAUGGAACAAGUUCAGAACGCCCUUUCCCGAUUUACCCUCUCUCCUUCACCGACUCGCUUCUUUCCCACUCCUUCACACCCUCAAAUUGGAAGGCCCCUUUGCGCUGCGGGUCGAUGGCCUUCACCACCUAUCUCUAUCACUCCCCAUGAAUGUUUCAUACACUGGUUUGAAACACAUCCUUGUUGGUGAAGGUAUUAUGGUUGAAGUAAGAAGAGCACAAGAAAUCUCUGUUUUUUACUCUUCUGAUCUUGAUCUGCAAAUGAAUGGAAGUGCCAUGUGUAGUGUGGGGAAGAGUGACCUUUGGCCCUUUCUGCAUUCAACAUGCAUGGCUUUGAUUCCUAUUCGGAUAUCAGGGUCGGCAUCUUUGGUUGCUUAUAGAGCUCGAAACCCUUAUGCAUACAUAACAACUACCUUGAUUUCAGAGGAUGCUAUUGAGCUGCUUCCAGAAAAAUGUUAUCAUGGUCAUAUGUUUAGGAAGCGAGCAUGCCCCAUGGAUUCUGUAAGUUUGAGAUUAAGCAUGUUGGAAAAAAUUUUGAGGAGUCUUCUUGGUCGUAAGAUACUUCAAGAUCAGCUUUCUGGCCUUCUCAAAGCAAAUAUUAAAGCAUCAGCUGUUAUAAAGUUCCCAUUAGAAUUAGAAAGAGACAUAAGGAAUAAUGUCACUAUUAAUCGUACAAUUCCUGAUUGGAGAACAAGGCCUAGUUUUGAAAGGUUGUGGUUUGAGAUAUUGGCUAGAGUUGAGGAAAACAGGCUCAAGCCUCUUUUGAUCAAGAAAGUAAAACCUUUUAUUGAAUCUGUUUCGGUUUCCUGGGCCAAUUUGAUGUCCAAUAUGUCAUAUGCUAAAUUGAGACCCGUUUUUCUUCCUCCGGAGCCUCUUACACUGGAUGUGAAAUGGUAGGAGAAUCUCUUGUAAGUCAUUAUAUCUUUUUUUGACACUUGAUUAGGUUCCGUUUGUAGAUUCUUCUGUUGAUCUUGUUAUAUGCGAGAGGUCACCAAUUCUUGUAAAAUAUUACUCAUGGUCCUGUAAAUACCAAAAUAGGAGAGGAUAAAGAAGAAAAAAAUAAUUUGCUUUUACACGAUUUCCUACUUCCUGGCCUUCUGGGACAUGAACCUAAUUCUUGAAUUGGUACCUCUGAUGAAGCAGUCUGGACUAACCUGGUGUGCUUUAUCGGAAUGUGGAUUUUUUUCCAUGCUAAGUGAUUGUGCUGAUUAUGAAAUAUAAAAAAAAUAUACGGGGAAGGUAUUGUUGUAUGUGUGGUGUGAUACUGCAAGAACAUAGUUAUCCUUAAAUGUAAUGUCAUUCUUGACAUGCUGAAAUUUUUAAGAAGUCUUGUAUGUUUGCAGAGUGUAUCUUAAACUUUCAAUAUGAAUCUUGGUCUUGGGCUUUUUGCUCCCCUUUAGCUUA